GGCUUUGCAUCAUGUCAUGAAGGAAGAAGCACAUGGGCAGUCCAUAGAUCAGGCUACAAUUCACGAGAAUGUCAACCAUCGAGUUGUCCAGCAGCAGAACAGCGAAUUUAUAAAAGCAGUGUACGGAAUGGGCGAGUACCGUCUUGCACCAGGAUACGAGAAUUUCAGUAUCGACCCCCUAAGGUGGUCCCAGAUGACACGCGAACAAAGAUCUGCGUACAUAAAGAAAGUCUUAGGUCAAGAAUUACUUGACGACAAGAGUUCAGACGACAUGGCCUUAAAGAAGCUGUCUAUUUCUCUUGAAGAAAGCGGUUUGCCAAAACAACUUGCAUCUCAAGUUGUAGCAGAUAUUUGGCGUAAAGCAGAAAUAAUUCUUGCACGAUUCAAGGUCAUUCCAUUGGACAACGGGAACUUCUGUGUUACUGAAAGCGACAAAGCCUUUACCGUUGAAAAUAAGAAAGGAAAAUUCCACUGCAAAGAUUGUGCUUCGUCUGUGGCAACUGGGGGAUUAUGCCAGCAUUCCAUCGCCGUGGCUGAAACGCAAGGAAACUUAAUGCAGCAGAUCCAAAAUUAUGCGCAGCAAAACGACCUGGAGUCUAGGCUCGCUUUUAACAAUGUCCCCAGAAGUGCUGGUGCAAAGUGUCGCCAGAAGAAGCCUCGCCGAGGUAAUAACAACGUCGAGCAGGAGCCAGUUGUUGAGGAAAUAGAUCCCAAUUCGGUUCAUGAUCCCGAUCUCGACUUUGCGAAACCAUAUCGCUUUACAGAAUUCUACCACAACGACGAACCGUUCAAUAUUGUUUUUGUCAACGACUUCCCAAAUGCCAAAAGCUGUGAGCAGUGCAAGGUGAAUUUCUCUCGGACCCUGCCCAUCGCACCGUGGGAUAUAUGUGUGAUGCAUAAAGAGCGCUACCUCUACCCAGUAAAAGAUCCCGAGAACUCGGCAAAGGUUUUGAGAUAUACUCCCACUAGAAAGAAGACGGCGGCGAGGUUCUACUGUCCAAAGAAAGAGUGUCUGUUGCCACGGCAUCCAUACUUUUGGAAGGGAAGGCUAAAAAUUAAAACCGACGUGAAGGGUAGGCUCCGCGAUAGUCAUAAAAUGGAACUGCUGAAAGGUUUGCGACUCAAGGUAUAAACUGCUUCCACCUGUUAUGGAGAUCGCUUAUAGAAGUGCUUUUCUGAAAUAAAGUGCCUUCCAAAUAUUCACGCAAGGCCAUUUAAAGUUUGAAAAAGGUGGAACAAGAAAGAAACACCCUUAAAUUUAGUUCUAAAACCUUGGACAGGACUUUCGUACGUAACUUCAUUUCUCAUACAGCCAGUUGCUGAAAAUAUUAAAGAAAAGCGGAAAAAAAGAAAAAAAAAUUCGAGAGAAAUUAAUAAGCUUGAACGUUCACGUUCGUUCCCAAUCAGUAAGAAAAAAAGGCGAGCUCUUGCUCUUUUUAAGACGUUUGAAAGCGCAAUAACUUUUGAUAUAUGUGGAACUGUAUUGGUUUGUUUCGCCGACGAUGAAUUUUGACAAUAAUCGAGAGGGAUUUUUAAAAUGUUGCCAAGAGGAGUGCCAAAGAGAUAAGUGGCAACAAAAUACACUGCACUGACACUCCUCAUUUAUCCAACUUAUUGUGUUGUACUACAAGAGAAAAGAUUUCAUUAAGCCUAUCCAUAGUUGACGCGCGAAAUGUAAUCCCUGAGGAUGACACUGCGUGUUAUGUAAAAUUUAGAGGCGACUUCACUUGUUUAAGCUGACUGAGCUAUAUUCCAGAGCUAAAAAUUGUCAGUGAGAGUAAGUCACUGUCCCGAGAACAGUGGCGUUCUGUCAGGCAAAAGUGAAAGCAGCAUUUCAGUGUAGAUGUAUUUAGUUUGUGUAUAAUUUGUUUUACUUGGAAUGAAUUCUCAUUUACUCCUCUGGAAAAAUGUUACAGUUAUAAUGUACGUUGGAUGACAGUUUUUGAUAAAGAAAAGAAAAAGAAAGGAUAUAAUGGGGUAUUAAGAUAAUUCAUACUUUUUUAAACUCAUUUUUGCACCUAUAUAUGUUGUUGGUGUAGAUUUGAACGGGUCCCUUCUGACCUUUUGGCUCAAACUCUA